AUGACUGAAGAAGCACAAAGUACACGUUUUGAUUCUGACGAUGAGGAGGGACGAUGUACACCAUCACCAGAACCAGAAACCAAAAAGAGAAAACUUUCUCCUGGUAAACUCUUACCAGCAGAUGUCAUGAAAGGUAAUGAAGCAGACUAUGGAGAUUUUGUCCUUGACCGAACGGAAUCAUAUAGUCUUGACGCCGAUGAUAUAGCCAUGUUGGAAAGCUCGUCGGGCAAUGAAGACAGCUCAAUUUGGAAGGAAAAGGUUCUCUCUAGCUUAUUAAAUGGCCAAGAAGACGACACUAGUAGCCAGUCCGCAAAGAAAGUUGUACCGAAAAAGGUAAAUAACGGAUGUUUCAACUGCGACGGCGAUCAUCAUCUUAAUGAAUGUCCUGAGCCUAAAGAUAUGAGGAAGAUUCGGCAGCGCCAGACUGAAAUGCGAAAUAGAAAUAACACAACGCGAUACCAUGACGGAACGCCUAGUGAGAAGAAAUUUCGGGCUGGCCGAAUAAGCGAUGAUCUUCGUAAUGCCCUAGGCAUUGGCAGACAUGACAUUCCUGAAUAUAUCUAUCGUAUGCGUAGAAUGGGUUUCAUCAGAGGAUAUCCGCCUGGGUACUUGAAAAAGUGA